UUGUUUGUCAGCAGGCACUAUAAAAAGCCCUGGAAACAUGAGGAAGCUCUCCAAAGGACACCAUGGGCAAGAUCAUCUUCUACGAGGACAAGAACUUCCAGGGUCGGAGCUAUGAGUGCAGCAACGACUGCACGGACCUUCACUCCUUCUUCAGCCGCUGCAACUCCAUCCGGGUGGAGAGCGGCUGCUUCAUGAUCUACGAGCGGCCCAACUUCAUGGGCCACCAGUACUUCAUGAGGAGGGGCGAGUACCCCGACUACCAGAGAUGGAUGGGCUUCAGCAGCUGCAUCCGCUCGUGCAGGAUGAUUCCCGUGUACCGAGGCUCGUACAGAUUGCGCAUCUACGAGAAGCCCGACUUCAGCGGUCACAUGAUGGAGUUCAUGGACGACUGCGCCUGUGUGUCCGACCGUUUCCACCACCGCCAUAUCUACUCCUGUAACGUCAUGAACGGCUACUGGAUCUUCUACGAGUACCCCAACUUCCGAGGGCGCCAGUACUUCCUGAGGCCCGGCGAGUACCGGCGGUACCGCGACUGGUGCGCCACCUGCGCCAUCGUCGGCUCCUUCAGGAGGGUCACCGAAUUUUAGCCAUCAAGUGAAAGCUUGCUGUAAAUAUCAAAGCGCUUUGUUAUUAAAAGUUGUCGGAUUUUUAA